AUGUCUGAAAGCUCUCUAUCUUAAAAUGACUUUUAUGAAUUGAAACAUGUUAGAACAUUGAAGGACAAUCCCUCCAAAUUUUUAUCAAAAAAGAAGCAAACUCAAUUCUAUUUGAAUCGGGCAAUGCUUGAUAAAGAAUAUAUAAAAACUGAUUUGAGUUGCGAAUGUUCAGAAUGUGGAAAAUGUAGUUAAUUUAGUGAGACAAUAAAAAAACAAUAUCCAUUCUGUGAAACAAGAUGGUAGAAAAGAAGAAGGAUUUUUAAAAGAUUUAAAGCAGCAACAAAUGCUAUUAUUUUUAUCUUAUCAUAUAAAGUAGAGGCUAUUAAGAAAUUUAGAAAGAGAAUGCAUAUAUUAAAAGCAGUUAGAAAUUUAACAACAUUAAAAAAAUCUUAAAUUAGUGCUCCAACUCAGUUAUAGCAAUAACCAUUGAUUAGUAUACCUCAUUCGCGAUAAUCGUAAAGGAUCAAAACAACUCCUGAUGAGGAGACAUUUUUCCAUCAUGUCAUAAAUAGUGCCCGAGAACCUAGAAAAAGUUAGGUUUCGAUUUAUAUGAAUCAGAUGUUAAAAAACGUUAUUCCAAAAUCGGAAAUUCAUCUAAAACCUUUGAGUUAUUUAAAUUAGAAACAGAUAAAACAAAAUAAUGCAAAAUCAAUUACUCAAGCAUCUUUUUCUCAUCAUAAUUAUUCACAAGUUACAUCGAAUCCACAGAAGUGCCCAACGGUGCAUAUGGAGUAAAUUGUGAAUAAUCAAUAUAAAACGAACAAUAAAGAUCUUUUAAAACUAAUAGAUUCUCUUAAGGUUAGACAUAGAAUUAUUAGAUGUAAGAAAUGA